AUGGAUCAGAUCCAGACCGUCGUUGCCAACCGAUGGCCAGCAAUGGCCUCCGUCGUUGCCGUCCUGGCGUGCGUGUUCGUCGCGACUUCGCUACUCGGCCGCGGCGGCGAUUCCAAUAAUCUGCCUCUCCUGGGCAAGGAGUACGGCCACGCGGAGAAGCGACGCAAGGCGUUCAUCACGAACGGCGUAGACUUCUACAAAAAGGGAUACCAGCUGUUCAAGAGCAAGGCAUACCGGCUGACGACUCUCGAUGGGGAGCGUAUCGUUCUGCCAAGGAAUCUCAUGGAGGAAGUGAGACGCCUGCCGGACGACAUCAUCGACAUCAACACGGCGUUCGAUGUGGUGAACGAACACAAGCACCUGGGCAUGGGCGACAGGAAGCUCACCGAGUUCUUGAUCCACAUCAUCCGCGGCGACCUGACCCGGUCCCUAGUCCGCAUCAACCCCCGGCUGUCGGCCGAAACAGCACGCACCAUCACCGACACGAUGCCCCCGUGCGACGACUGGACGUCCGUCACCGUCUACCCGACGGUGCUGCAGAUGGUAGCCGUGAUCUCAGGCGCCAUCUUCAUCGGGCCCGACCUGUGCCGGGCGCCCGAGUACCUGCACGCCAGCAUGAACUACACCAUGGCCUUCAUUAACGCGGUCUCAAAACUCAAGCAGUGGAGCUCGAAGCUGCGCUGGCUGGGGCGCUACUUCACGCCCGAGGUCGACGCCCUGCACGCGGAGCGCAAGAAGGCGCACGCGUUCCUGGCGCCCGUCAUCAGGGAGCGGCGCGAGGCCAUGCGCGCCGGACGCGAGUUGCCGGAUGAUGCCCUGCAGUGGAUGCUGAACAAGGUCGACGACUUUGGUCUCAGCGACGAUGUCGUGGCGGAGACGCAGCUGAACAUGAGUAUGGCGGCUAUCCACACCACGACGCUGACGGUGACCAUGAUUCUUUACGACCUCGUCGCCCGUCCGGACAUCAUCUCCGAGCUCCGCGACGAGAUCAAGCGCGUCUUGGCCACCACCGACGGCGUCAUGACGACCCACGCGCUCUUCGAGAUGAAGCUCCUCGACAGCGUCAUGAAAGAGUCGCAACGCGUGAACCCGGGCAGUUUGAUCCGCUUCCAGCGCUGGGUCGCCAAGCCCGUCACGCUGAGCGACGGCACGCAACUGCCCGCCGGCGUCAUGGUCGAGACGCCGCACGCGCUUGCUGUGCAGGACCCGGAGCUAUACAAGAACCCAGAGACCUUCGAUGCCCACCGCUUCCUGGACCUGCGCAACGGCACGGUCCCGGACCCGCAUGGCUACAAGAACCGCGAGCAGCACCAGUUCGUGACUGUAACGAAAGACUUCAUGCACUUCGGGUACGGGCGGCACGCGUGCCCGGGCCGCUUCUUCGCCGCCAACGAGAUCAAGCUGAUCCUGGCGCGCGUGCUGCUCGACUACGACAUGCGCCUGCCCGACGGCGUGACUGAGCGCUAUGCGAACCUGAGCAUGGGCGCGAGUGCGUUCCCGGACCCCACGAAGGAGGUGCUGUUCAAGAGGGUGAAGGGUGAUGCUUAG